AUGGGCUUCAAUCAAAUACAAGUAAAGAAUCGAGUGGAAAGUGGACGUUCUAAUUUUUCACCUUUCAGAUUACUUCUGUUUGAAAUUGCUGAAGAAAUGGAGACUGCUGAUUUGAAGACAGCUCUUUCCACCUUAUCGUCAAAAAUCCGAGAUUAUACAGUGGCAGUAGUAGGAGUUGGAGGAGUAGGAUCUGUGGCGGCUGAAAUGUUAACUAGAUGUGGCAUAGGGAAGCUACUACUGUUUGAUUACGACAAGGUAGAGUUAGCUAACCUAAACAGAUUAUUUUAUCAGCCAAAGCAAGCUGGAAUGAGUAAAGUAGAAGCAGCAGAGAGAACAUUAAGGGAGAUAAAUCAAGAUGUAAUAUUUGAGAUAUAUAAUUACAACAUCACAACAAUGGAUAACUUCCAACAUUUUAUGGACAGAAUAAGUCAUGGUGGAAUAACAGAUGGGAAACCAGUUGAUCUGGUUCUCAGUUGUGUUGAUAACUUUGAAGCUAGGAUGACAAUAAAUACUGCAUGUAAUGGAUUAGGUCAGUCUUGGAUAGAGUCAGGAGUUAGUGAGACUGCUGUGUCUGGUCACAUACAGUUAAUAGUACCUGGUGAUACUUCAUGUUUUGCUAAAAGAGAAGCAUUGAAGCCCAAAGUCGAAGUUGUUGAAGAAGUAGAUACAGAACCUUUACAUGACGAGAACCCAUUUGAAAUAGAAAUCGUCUCUGAAACAACAGAGGAAGAAUUAAAACAGGCUGAAGGAGAGAAACCUCAGUUAACAGAAGGGGUCACAGUAGCAUACACAAAACCCGCAAAAUCAGCAGCAAAUGACACAUCAGAAACAGUAGGAGAUGUUUCAGGACAAAGUUUGGAUGAAUUAAUGAAACAAAUGCAGAGUUUAUGAUGUUCAUGUUGUGAUAAUAUCUUGAAAUACAUUUUAAAACUAUGCUUCAAAAUUAAUUUUACAUGUGAAGAAAUACUGUCAAUUUCUUAAGUAUUAACAAGAUUAAAACAAUACUAGUCAAGACAUGUGAAGAUAUGUGCCAUUCAAGAAGGACAGCAUCAGCAGACCUGGAAAUAAGUUGUCUGCCCUUAAUUUCUAUAUUCUAUU